UUCUGCUCCCAGCCUCCCAAACUUCCAGCUUCUGAACCCACCGACCAAUCGUACAGUACAUUCAUUUGAGAGUGAUGGGGAGCUACGGCGGAGACGAUGGCGGCGUGGAGCUGACCGAGCUGACGCUGGCGCCGCCGGGCGAGAGGGCGCGGAGGGCGAGGCGGGCGAGGAAGAGCGUCGAGGCGGCGGCGUUCGUGAAGGUGAGCAUGGACGGGACGCCGUACCUGCGCAAGGUGGACGUGGCGGCCUACGGCGACUACCUCGAGCUCCUCCAGGAGCUCAACGCCAUGUUCUACUGCUGCUCCAUCGGCCUGAUGGACGGGUACGGCCAGUGGGAGCACGCCGUGGUGUACGAGGACGGCGACGGCGACUGGAUGCUCGUCGGCGACGUGCCCUGGGAGAUGUUCGUGUGUUCGUGCAGGCGGAUGAGAGUGAUGCGAGCGUGCGAGGCGAGAGGGCUGAGCGCCAACGCGUGAUGACAGACCAAUUUGGUGCCGCAGAUCUUGGGUACGUGUAGAUAUGAUCUGAACCUCUUGCAUGUCGCUCCAGUGGGUGUGACAGCGAUGAGGAACCAAGGAAGCAAGACGAUGACGCGAUUCCGACGAGGCCAUGCAGAUACGAUCCCGUACCUCUACGCCAAGAUCGACCGGCGUGCCAUCAGUUGGGAAUAAAAUGUUGGUUGACUAGGAUAAAAAUAUAGUUUCGCCGAUAUGAGCCUCAUCUCAUCUUGUUGCUUCUGGCAUGAGGCCGACGAUACGGGUUGACUUGGCGAGAUCCCAGUAUUCUAGUACUGCUAGUGUAGUUCAAUGCCUCAUCAAUCCUUCGGUUCCAUCUAGCUAGUUAAUUUCUUCGGCUGUUUGUCACAUGUACAUGGAUCAAGAGUUUGUGUACCUCCCAAUUUUUGAUGAAAUGU